GAAAGUGUCAGGACUUUUUCAGAGUGAGAGGGUGAGAACGGUGAGAAUGUACAGCAAAUCUGGCUAAUUUGUUGCAGACGUUUCUGUUUUUCAGGCAAUUUGCUUCUCUCAACAUGUUUACUCUGCUAUCAUCCCGUCUUGUAAGGGGAGCCAAGGCACUGAAAUAAACAGACCUAUGUAAUCAAUUUGAAUCAUUCAGCACAAGCUGUGCUAUGUGAUUGUUGUCGCAAUACACACAUAUAGAUUAUGUAGGUCUGGAGGAAACAGUUCUACAACUGAUUCAACGCUAAUAUUAUAACUAAUACCCAGGCUGAUUUCUGGUUCAAAGCCAUCACUGGUGACUCUCAGUGUAAAUGGAAUUGAUGGUCUUUCUGUACAACUCUCUGGUGAACGAAACUCAACAGUGAUGCAACUGUUGAAACCAGUGUUUUCCUUUUGUAUCCUCCCUCUAUAUUGGCUUUGGAACUGACGAGAAGCUCUAUCUCUGCACUCUCUGUUUUUUAUUUUCCUCGGCAGAGUGUUUCUGUGUGGUGAUGUGUGACAAGUCAUUCCAAGUUCAGCACAGAGGGAUAGGCUUUGGCCAAAUCCAUUUGGAGCAGGGAGCAGUUGAUGGGCUAUUAGCCUAGCGUAUGCUUGUUAGUCAUCCACUUCUAAUGGCCAUAGAGACACAGCUCUGGGUUGCAAGAGCAGAGGCUGAAUCACACGAAGAGACAGAAAUGCACGAGAAAAUGUCCUUUUGCAGUUGGACCCCUAAGGCUACAGUUUAUUCAAGGUGGGGAUUCUACUCUGCGCUUGGACAGCGUGCAUGCAUGUCUCUCUUUUAGUUAUUUAAGGUCAACCUUUGACUUCAAUUAAUGAGCCUAUGUACCCCCAGGACUCUCAUCUAUCAGCCAUCUCUAUCUAUUAGAGAUGCAAAAACACAAAAGUUUCCAUCAUCCUCAUAUACUGCAUUCUCCCUGAUUCUCUCUCCAUCUCCAACCCUAUCUCUUACACUGGGGCUGUUCUCUUACACUAGGGCUGUUCUCGGGGCUGUUUUCUUACUCUGGGGCUGUUCUCUUACACUGGGUCUGUUCUCACUGGGUCUGUUCUCACUGGGGCUGUUCUCUUACACUAGGGCUGUUUUCUUACACUAGGGCUGUUUUCUUACUCUGGGGCUGUUCUCUUACACUGGGGCUGUUCUCUUACUCUGGGGCUGUUGUCUUACACUAGGGCUGUUCUCUUACUCUGGGGCUGUUCUCUUACACUAUGGCUGUUCUCUUACUCUGGGGCUGUUCGAUGGCAUGGUGUGAAGUCAGGGUAUUAUGUAUACUGAAACUUGGCUCUCGACAGAGACCAUUUUUUCAAUGCUGAGUUACGGCGUGCAAUUAUCAGACAGGGAAACCUGUCAAGUGUGGAGCGGGCAAGGUCAUUCCGUUGCCACGGCGACGGGACUCGGCGCGCGCAACAAAGUACAGGAGGUUCUAAUUCCUGAUCUGUUGACGUGAAAAAUGACUCACAGCGGACAACGGAUGCACCGCUCCGUUCAGCUCCGCUGCCUGGCUGAGCCUUUGCGUCUCAGGGAUCAGUUACACCCCAGCAGCCUGCUAACUCAGACGAGCAUCUGCGAAAAAGUUUCCCAGUCCAACAGCAGCCUAAAGAAGCAUCGGAGCCGGAGCAUCUUCAGCCCCUUCUUCUGCUGCUUCCGCAACUAUAAUGUGGAAGCACCCGCCCCCAACAGCAAGCCCUGCGCCCUGCCCCCACCGGCCGAGGAGAACGGCAGCCCCCCCAAGUGUGACCAGGUCCAGGUUAUCCCCAUCCCUAGUUCUCCAGCCAAAUAUCUCCUCCCUGAGGUCAGCAUCAAUGACUAUGGCAAAAAUUGUGUGGUGAUCGAUCUUGACGAGACCUUGGUGCACAGCUCUUUCAAGCCUAUCAGCAAUGCCGAUUUCAUUGUUCCGGUGGAGAUCGACGGAACCGUUCAUCAGGUGUACGUCCUUAAGAGGCCUCACGUGGACGAGUUUCUGCAGAAGAUGGGCGAGCUGUUUGAAUGUGUCCUUUUCACAGCAAGCUUAGCCAAGUAUGCAGACCCCGUGGCGGACCUACUAGACCAGUGGGGGGUGUUCCGGGCGCGGCUCUUCAGGGAAUCCUGCGUGUUCCACCGAGGGAACUACGUCAAAGACCUCAGCCGACUGGGCAGGGAGCUCAGCAAAGUCAUCAUCGUGGACAAUUCCCCCGCCUCCUACAUCUUCCACCCAGAGAACGCUGUCCCGGUGCAGUCAUGGUUCGACGACAUGACAGACACUGAGUUACUGGACCUCAUCCCCGUCUUUGAGGGCCUCAGCCGAGAGGCAGACAUUUACACCGUACUACAGAACCUCCGGGCCAGGUAGCACCAUCUCUGCCCACACCACCCCCUCCUCGGUCCGACCUCUUGACCGCUCUCCUCCGGCUCAGAGCUCUCCCUGAAGACAGGUCCGCUGGGCUGCAGCUCUGGCUAAGACUCGGUGUGUUCAGGCCUGCCUGAAGAGGGCGCCACUCUUACCCACAGAGCACGACAGCAGAGGCGGUGGCAUACUCACAUGGCCACACCCUUAAGGGGCGGAGUCUAAAACAUCCUGCCGUCUGUGAUCUUGGGACGCCAGUGAGACUGUUGGCAUGGAGACCUGUACAUACUAUAUGUUUCUAAUUUUGACCUCCAGAUGGGGAAAAAAGAACGAAAAACAGAACAACCUAAUUUUUUUACCAGAGGGAGACAAGAGUUAAGUAUCCUCUUAAGUCCUAUAUAUUUACCAAAAAAUAAAUAAAAGUGAACAAAAAAUCAUAUAAAUAAACAAAAGCAAAUUGCUAUUUUCAGAGAGGUCUUGGAGACGUCAUCUCGUUUCGUCCUCGCUAUGCAGUCAGUCUCUCUCUCUCUCUCUCUCUCUCUCUCUCUCUCUCUCUCUCUCUCUCUCUCUCGAUCACCAGUAGUUCCAACAACUGUGAUUAUAUUCUCUUAACCCAACCAAGUGCCUUCUGACUGAUCUUUAUAUGAGGAUGAUAAAAAAAUGUUAUGCUGCAUAUUUACAGACAAACUCGAACCUUUAAAAAAACAAAAAUACACGAAAGAAGGGAUGAAAAUGUCUUUUGUUUGAAAUCCUAUUUAUGAAGAGGACUUACAAAGUUCGAUGCCACAAGUAUCUAAAGAAUAUUUACUGAUCGAUGGCUUACGUUGACUCUAAGAUUUGUUCUCAAAUUUUGACAAAAUAUAUUGUCUUAUGAUCAUUAUUAUAUGGUGUUUGCAUUCAUGGGCUAAUUGCAAUAUGACUUAUUAUGAGAUGAUAUGAUAUACAGUAUAAUGCGAAAAACAGCUGUAUUUGUUAAUCAACAGCAAGCCAAUACAAUUGCAAUUUGAUAUGAUUUCAUCAUGAAGAAAAUGAACACUGCAGACGAUGCAGUUUCUGAAUUAUAUCCUGCAUACUGUAUGUUUAAAUGAAUCUAUUUUGACCAAACUGUAAAACAUAUAUCAAUAUAUCCUAAAAGUGUAAUUGAAAACAAAUUGCAAGUAUGUCAGAACUUAACAGAAUAGUACAUACAGUUCUUGAAUCAUGUUCCAGUGAUAAGUGGCAUUAUUAAAAUAAGUUGGUUCUCUGC